AUGUUUCAAGAACCACGAGAUAGGCCAAACAGCCCUGCUCAAGGUGACACGCGGAGAGGAGGUCACCAAAGGGGUAGAAGCAGAAGCCGAGGAGACUACCGCGGCACCAGAGGCCGCGCGAACUAUAACAACCGCGCUUCACCAGCAUAUCCUCAGAAUGUGCCCACGAUCCAGCAAGUCGCACCAGGCGCUUUCGUAUCCAUAGUCCUCAAGAUGGACCAGGCCACUGGCCGGGAGGUGCAAGGCACGGUCUCCGAAGUCCUUACGAAUGGCAACCAUCCGCGGGGCAUCAAGGUGCGGUUAAGGGACGGACGUGUGGGGAGGGUGCAGAGGAUGGUCCAUCAGGAGGAGGCAGCAGCUGGAGAGGCGGGCUUGAGUAAUCUGAGCAGAAACGGAGAGCCUGCUUAUUCCACAGGAGUGAUGGGAGCUAGACCCUCGCGCUUCACGGCACGAUAUUCUGAUGCGCGAGAUGAGUGGCAUCCUGACGCGCCUGAGAGACACACCCUUAGCUUGGGAGAUUACCUCAAGCCGGGCUCAAGAAGGUUGGAUGAGGAGGAUCAAGGCUAUGACAGGCAUACAAGUCAGCCGGCUCGCAUGGAGGAUGCGAAUUUAGUCUCAACGACUAUAUGUCCACUGUGUAACACUUUCGAGGGCGACGAGACUGCUGUGGCGCACCACAUCGAGUCGCACUUUGCCGACUAG